UCCGAAUUUCUACAGAGAAGGUGAACAGGAAACACAGAAGGUACCGUUAGAUGAAGCCAAGUAGACUAAAUAAUUUUACUGUGUGGAAAUAUGGUGUUGCUCAGUAGAAAUGAUGGAUGUAAUAGACUCCUCUGAUCCAUACAGCCGACCAGCGCGCAGGACACAAUGGAUAGUCAGCACUCUGGCUUACCAUUACGGGUUGGACCGGGGAGUGGAGAACGAAAUUAUAGUUUUGGCCACCGGACUGGAUCAAUAUUUACAGGAGAUUUUCCACCACAUGGAUUAUCAAGGUGUAGGCAAAAUCUCUGUCGAGGAUUUUAACAUUUUGUGUGAAGUUCUGGGACUGAACAAAGACUCGGAGGAUACAGAAUGCGCCGGUGUAUUAGACAAUUUACCCAGCGAGCUCACCUUCAGACACUUCCACGCCAAACUGUGCGGAUACUUCAGCACCAAGGCGGGGUGCCAGUAUGAGAACGGCAGGCUGCUGGUCGGGAAGGACAGCGAGCAUAUAGAGACUCAGAUCCGCCUGAGAAGCCCCCUGAAGCGGCGAGAAAGGCUGCUGCCUGUGGGUAUGAGUGGUGGCUCCUCUGCCUCCUCGGAGGGACGGCACGCCUCCGGCUGUAGGCUCGGCUCCUGCACCAAAGAGUGCUAUGAGGAGAUCGUGGCACUGGAGGAAGCAGAGGACAGAAUAACGAAACUGGAAGAUGAGAAUGCAAGUUUGAGGGAGCUGAUUGAGGACAUGCGAGCCGCACUUCAGAGCAGUGAUGCACGCUGCUUGGCCCUGCAGGUAGGACUGUGGAAAAGUCAUUCCAAACAUAAACCAGAGGAAGGCUGUUUUGUUGCCCUCCAAAAACAAUCUGUCCAGAAAAGCAUGAGCAACAGCAAUCUCAAAAGCAGCACCUACAGCAACCUGAAGAACCUGCAGAAUAUCAUCCAUGAAAUAGAGAUGCUGCAGAGCUCCAGAGACAGACAAGUAGAGGAAGCCAUGCUGUGUAAUCAGAGAUUGGAGCAGGAACUGUGGAGCUCUAAAGAGACUGUGGCCUCUCUGGAGGACUGCAACCAUGCUCUGAAGAGGGAGCAGGUGAGCAUGAGGAAGAAGGUGGAGGAAGCUAGGCAGGCGCUGAUUAGCGGACUGGGUAAAGUGAAGGAACUGGAAGCCAAGGCCAGUCAUGUGCCAGUGCUGCAGAGACACGUCCUCAAGCUGGAAUCAGAGCUCCUCUACUACAGGUCAGAGGUGUCAAAACUACAACAGCCGAGCAACACCAGGGUGGAGCAGCAGCUGAGUGUUGGCAGCAGGCCAGGCCAGAGAUGCUGCUUAUAUUCCCAAAAUGACCGCCGUUCCCCAACAGGCCGUGCUGUGACGACUCCAGACAAAAUGGAGGAGCAGCUGUUUCGCUCAGUGGAGGGCCAGGCUGCCUCUGACGAGGAGGAGGAUAAGUGGACUGGCGACCAGCAGAGGCAGGUAGACGAGGUGAAGAGGAUCUUGACCAGGCUGUCCUGCUGUGGGGAAAGAUGUGACGACAAGGCAUUCAAGAAGCUGAUAUCUAAUUUCGGUAGUUCGAGGAGCGAGGAAAGCUGCAGCGCCGUGUUGGAGCUUCUGGAGAGGGUGACCAGGCUGCAUAAGCAGCUGGAGCUAAAAGAGACCCAGGCCGAGAUAGACAUGGACCAGAUUAAGGACUCUCUGGUCCAGGAGCUGCAGCAGAAGGCUGAGGAGACUGAGCUGCUCCAGAUGGAGCUGCAGAUGCUGGAGACAGAGAGGGUUCGUCUGUCCCUGGUGGAGGAGAAACUUGUGGACAUUCUGCAGCUCCUCCAGCAGCUCAGAGACCUGAACAUCUCACGGAGGUCUCUGGGGAAAAUCUUGCUGAGCACUUUGGAGUCUUGCAGUGACCCCAAACAUGGGAAAGCCCACAUUCUAGAGGUGCUCAACGCUCUCUAUCAUGAACUGGCUGCCUGUGAGAUUCUGUCCACUGGGGGACCUUUGGAGCGAACACAGAGUCAGCAGUCUCUGAAUGCCCUCAUCAUCUCCUGUUAAACAAGACUGCCUCCUGCUGGGCCACUGCUGUUCCAACAGACUUUCCAGAACUCCAGAACAACAGGCUGAUUCAUGUGCAUAGUGUAUUAUAUAUAACUUUGUAUACUCCUCAAACUGUAUUAGUUAUAAAGGGAUAUUAGUCUAGAAUGUUCAAUUUUGUAGUGAAGGGCUUUAUUACAUUUACAGGAAAUUCUUACUUAUACAUGUUUUACCAGCUUUUAUUGCACACAGAUCUUACAUAAUCUAUGGAUUUUUUUCCCACAACAGAGUUCUGAAUGUGAAAACGUUGAAAUAAGCUAACUGUAAAGAUGCAUGCCUAUGAAAAUGAUAGCAUCUUGACCACAUUUUGAGAACACAGUUGGUAUACUUUGCGACUCUUGAUUCCUUGGUAUUGCUUAAUGGUGUAUUGAGUAAUGUUGGGACCAGCACUGUCAGUGUGUUUAUCCAUGCCUUAAUUCUGGAGAUGCAUCUGCACAGUACACCCAGUGAGACAGAGACAACCAUGCAGCACAUCUAAGAUUUGUUCAUACAAGCAAAAAGAUUACUUGUCCUUCAACUAAAUUCUCAUUCUAAAGGACAAAACUUGUUCAUAUGAGUUGGAUCUGUUGGCUUGUCAUUGCUGUCUUGAAUUGAAUGCCUUGAAACUUGCUGAUAUCAUUAAGUCAUGCCAUUAAAGCCUUUAAAUUACACAGUAUGGAUCAUUGUAAUUUAUGCAUCUAUGAAAAGGAGCUGUCUUAC